AUGCGUGGUUUGCUUGUCCUCUUGGCAUGCUUCAAGAGACCGGCAAGCAUGCAGUUCGCUGAUGGGAGGGAGCUGGACGGAAGCUUUCGCGGAGGAUUCCAAACAAGGUCUGCACAAACUUUGCUAGAAGCCCCUGAGAGUGAUGUACGGAAUAUUGGUAAUGUCCGAGAAUGUCUCACACUGCGCGGAGGAGAUGAGAGCUCCAAGAAGGAGGUAGAGAAAGAGAUCGAGGGGGUCGAGAAAGAGAUCGAGGGGGUCGAGAAUGAGAUCGAGGGGGUCAAGCACGGUAUUCAGGUUGUAGAGAAAGAGAUCAAGAGUGUAGGGCAACAGGAUCCGAGGAGGCAUGCAGAACUUCGUGAAGACAAGGAGCAGCUUUACAAGAAAGAGGAGCAGCUUCGAAAAGAAAAGAAGCAGUUUCGACAGCUGCUUCAAUUGAGAGAGGGCAGCCUUCAGAAGAGUCCCUUGUCGGGAGCGAGCAUUGCUUGGACAGAGUCAGAUGCUGGGCUUGAUCGCCUGGGCUUGUGCAAUGACAAGAAAUACUUCCGUGUAGAUACCCCUUACUUGAUGGUGGUCGGCAAUGGGAACUGCCGACAAGAGCGUCUGCUCUAUUGCGAAGCUGCUUCUUGUCUUUUCGAAGCUGCUCCUCUCUUGAUCUCUUUCUUUACCCCCUCGAUCUCUUGA